UAGGGAGGAAGUGGGGGGGGCGGCGGGAAGUGAGGAAAGAUGGAGGCGAAAUGGCCUGAGGGGCUAGGAUGGCGUUGAGAAGAGGGAGAAGACUAGAAGGAGACAGCUGCAUGGGGCAGAGGGGACAGUGCUUAGUAACGGCCAGGUCACUAAGCCUAAGAUGGCAGAGCUAGGGCAGUGGUCAGUGUUUGGCACACGACGAAGACCAGCCCGUCCACCAGGCCUGGAUCUGCUGAGGCCUUGGGCCAUGACAGGAAAACGAACUUAUUUUUGCAGAAACGGUUACUUGAGUAUAAGUUUUCAUUUGACAUAGGUGCACAGUGUUAACUCUGGGAGAGAAGAGAAGGGGGUGAAGGGGAAAGGGAAAAUUAGAAGGGGAAGGGAGGAGAGAAAAAUUUGCCUGUUGGCUUCUCUGAAGUAUUUUCCAACUCCCAAGGCAAAGUUAGCACUGCCGUGCAUGUGUAGUAUUUUCUAGAUACUGUUAAUACUAUUACAGCACGUAAACUAACAUACUAUAAAGGUACUGGCAGGAAUGGAGACGUACGAUACAGAAUUUACUUAACAAGCAUCUUUCAAAUUUGUUGUUGCUCUUUCUGUCUUCUAUAUAUGCAUAUUUUAUAGGACUAAUCAAACAGAUGCGUUAGAGUUACCCAAGUCAACAUCGUUUCUCAAAAACAACAGAGUCAAUUGAUAACUUGAAUAUGGACAGGGCUCCCCUCAUCUCAAAGACACAGAGACUAUACCCUUCCAGGUUUCAACAUUUGGACUCCUAGGGAAAAUGCCUUCCGAAUUUAUGGAAAACUGGUGCCUUCGGAAUAUGAUGGCAAAUCACCUUGUAAAGCCUGAUAACAGAAAUUGCAAGAGGCCAAGAGAAUUGGAGUCUCCAGUGCCAGAUAGUCCACAGCUGUCCUCUCUUGGAAAAUCAGAUUCAUCUUUCUCUGAAAUUUCCGGACUAUUUUAUAAAGAUGAAGCCUUGGAGAAAGAUUUAAAUGAUGUGAGCAAGGAAAUUAAUCUAAUGUUGUCUACCUAUGCAAAGCUUUUAAGUGAGAGAGCAGCAGUAGAUGCAUCUUACAUUGAUGAGAUAGAUGAACUCUUCAAAGAAGCCAAUACUAUUGAAAACUUUCUAAUACAAAAAAGAGAGUUCCUGCGACAGAGGUUUACAGUGAUUGCAAACACAUUACACAGAUAAAAUAUAUACUUGAAAUAAGCUGAGAAUUUAAACCUAUUAUUGUUAUAAUGACAGAAUGACAUUUAUGCUUUGAAAGCUCUCGAGUUGUUAAAGAAAAUGUAUAUCUUGAAUAGAGAAGGGGAAACUCCUUGAAUUUCUAGGUUUAAAAAGGAACUUUUAAAUUCCUUAAUGUUAAUAUUAUUGUUCAUGUUAAUGUCCUAAGCUGGCCAUUAACAUGAACUACGUCACUUUUCUUUUGAGAGUCAAAUAUUUAGUGCAUUUUAUAGAAGUGUAAAUUAUUUAAAUCUUACGUGGAUUCUUUUAUUUUUUCCUUAAACUUCUUAGUGUUUCUUAAACUUCUAAAAAAGGAUCCAGUUAAUUUAUAAUGUUUAAUAAUAUUAUACUUCUAGAAUAUUUUGUUUAAAUAUCAGAUAGUUUUGGAGAUAAUUUUGAAAUUUUUUUUAUGGUUAGGAUUAUAAAAGAAGAUUAAAACCUUAGAGGUGAUUUUUCCAGUUUCUUAGAAUAUAAUGACAUAACUGUGUGCUAUUUCCAUUUGAUUAUUUUCACUAUUAGUUAUUAUGUAUGACUAAUAAAAGCUCUUGGCUUAAAAUUAUUUUCUUGUGGUAAAAGUAGUAAAAUAAAAACCAGAAAUUACUCACC